UGCGGUGGUAGCGUGAUCCGCUCGAGGAGACCAUGGCGAUACCCAGGACGUUCUGACGGGCUAUCAGAAAAAUAGCCCUCGAAAAACGGAUCAACGCCCCAUAUAAACGACACUAGACUUGGACACUGUGAGACAUAAAAAUGGGGUCCCGUAUCAAGGACAACCCUGAGGCCACUUUCGAGGUGUACCUGGAGGUGACCCAUCCUGGAACCACUGGCUCUGAUCCGGAGGUGCGGAGGCGAUUCCCCGAGGACUACAUCGACCAGGAAACUCUUCAGACAGUCCCCAAGUUCUGCUUCCCCUUCAGUGUGGACAGUCUGUCGGUGAGCCAAGUGGGCCAGAACUUCACCUUUGUUCUGACGGACAUCGAGAGCAAGCAGCGCUUUGGCUUCUGCCGCCUCUCCUCGGGGGCCCACAGCUGCUACUGCAUCCUCAGCUAUCUGCCCUGGUUUGAGGUAUUCUACAAGCUGCUCAAUAUCCUCGCUGACUACACAAUCAAAGGCCAGGAGAGUCAGUGGCGAGAGCUCCUGGAGUCACUCCAUACACUCCCCAUCCCUGAUCCUGGAGUACCAGUCCAUCUUAGCGUGCAUUCCUACUUUACUGUGCCUGACACAAGGGAAUUACCCAGCAUACCUGAAAACAGAAACCUAACAGAGUAUUUUGUAGCCGUAGAUGUCAAUAACAUGCUCCAUCUGUACGCUAGUAUGCUUUAUGAGCGUCGAAUCCUCAUCUGCUGUAGCAAACUAAGCACCUUAACGGCUUGUGUUCACGGGUCGGCGGCCAUGAUGUACCCAAUGUAUUGGCAACACGUUUACAUUCCUGUCCUGCCUCAGCACCUCAUAGACUACUGCUGUGCGCCCAUGCCCUACCUCAUUGGAGUACAUUCCAGCCUAAUGGAGAAGGUGAGGGGGAUGGCCCUGGAUGACGUAGUAGUCCUCAACGUAGACACCAACACCCUAGAAACACCCUUUGAUGACCUCCAAAGCCUGCCCAACGAUGUGGUGUCAUCCUUAAAGAAUCGCCUGAAGAAGGUUUCCACCACGACGGGAGAUGGCGUGGCCCGAGCUUUCCUCAAGACACAGGCCGCUCUCUUCGGCUGCUACAGGAACGCGCUGCAGAUCCAACCGGGAGAGCCAAUAACGUUCAGUGAGGAGGUCUUUGUGACCCACCGCUCCAGUGCCAUGAGACAGUUCCUGCAGAACGCCAUCCAGCUGCAGCUCUUCAAACAGUUCAUCGAUGGCCGCUUGGACCUGCUGAACGCUGGUGAGGGCUUCAGUGAUGUUUUCGAGGAUGAGAUCAACAUGGGAGAGUAUGCAGGCAGCGACAAAAACUACCACCAGUGGCUAUUCACAGUAAAGAAAGGGGGCGGUGCUAUCUUUAACACAGUGAGGACCAAGGCUAAUCCGGCCAUGAAAACAGUCUAUAAGUUUGCUAAAGAUCAUGCCAGGAUGGGGAUAAAGGAAGUCAAGAGCCGACUAAAGCAAAAGGAGCUGGCAGAGAAUGGCUACUCCUCGACAGUGGGCACUGGUGGCACAGGAACGGGCACCGGGGAGGAGGGCACCACUGCCGGGUCGCCCACCUCCACAGACGGAAAGGACGGCAGCGCCCGCACCUGGGACGAACGGCGUCCUAUCACUGUGCACUUUGGACAGCCCCUCCGAGAGCCUCCCCCUCGGCCCCCUCCUCCCAGGCUCCAAUGCGGCAACGCACGGCCCGCCCGUCCACCUAGGCCUCAGGUGGCCAAGAGACCUCGCAGCAACGUGGGCCUGGAGAGUAGCCCUGAACAUGGUGGCCGUCCCACACGUCACUACACAGUAUUUCUGUCCGAGGACUCAUCAGGCGACGAGCUGCAGCACGAAGACCACUCCAUUGCCAGCUUCCCCGAGAACUUUCUCUUCUCUGCCCCCUUCGAAUGGUCACCCCUGCCGCCUCCUUACCGCUCCCUGAAAGAGGCAGAGGAGGGGGAGGAGCCCAUCAGCGGCCCCUCCUACACAGCCCCGCCCAGCCCAGUGAUGGAGAAGUUUGCUGAUAUCAACCUGCUGGGGAACAUGUUCAGCUGCUUGGACGAGCCUGAGGGACAGCAACUCAGCCUGGCCAAGAGCCUGGAGGACCUCCGCACACCCAAAGACCCCCAGGAGCAGCAGAAAUUAAUCUACCAGCGGAUGGACCUGAGUGGCACCCUUCCAGGCCUCAAGCACUCCAACCCCUACAACAAGAUGUGGAGCAUGCAUGGGCAGGAUGAUAUGGCCAUGUCCGGCCGGGUGUCUCCGAAUUGGGACCGACCCCUGUCCGUGCCCCCCCCUGACCUGGAAGAGCUGCGGCCCCCUAGCCGAGAGAGCUUCGGUCCCGGGGUCCUCGAGCGGCCGGAUCUCUUCACCACCCCCAGCCAAGGGGAGUGCAUCACCAUCCCCCGCCCCCAGGGGAGGAAAACCCCAGAGCCAGGUAAGGUCUUGGGUCCGCCACCAGUGCCCCAGCCCCGGAUCAAGCCGGGGGUAGUGGGGGAUGGUGGGACCACUACAGCAGGGGGGCAGGAGUUCCGGCAGGCCCUUGGGAUGGGGGGUGACCUGAUGCUGCAGCCCACCAAGAUGGACUUCAAUGACGCGGAGGAUGUGGACCUGCUCAGCCUCCUGGACCCCCUGAACAACCCGGCCCAGACCACCACCACCCCAGCCUUGGCAGGGGAAGGAGCAGACUCACGGUCCUGUGCCGAACCUCCAACCUCCAGGCCUGUUCUCCCGCCACGUCCCUACCCUCAGAGCCUGCCCCCCUUCCACCAACACAUGCCCCUGAACCCCUUCACCCCGCCCCUCGGCUACUCCACCCACAGACACUACUCGCCCACCGUAGCGGGGAAUCCCUUCGGCGGCCGUGCCUACGGGCCUCCCGCCUCCACCUAUUUCCACGCCUCCCCCCAUGGUCACCCUCCUCACCCUCUUUCUACAAUGCUGGGGCUCUACAGACUGUCCUCCCCCGUGGGGUCUACCCUCCCUCCUGGUAUGGGAUCCAUGCGGUCUGCCUUCCCCAAUCAUGGCGGUCCUCCCCCCACCUCCUCAGGCAGCCACCAUGCUCUCUCUAACCUGUUGGACUCCCCCUCGGUCCCCACCCCUAGCCUCGCCACUAGGGUACUGCCAAAGCCUCCCAACACUGCAGAGGACUCCAACGAGACUCAGGAUCCCUUUGGGGACCUACUGGCCAUGGCUAAGCCGGCCGCUGCACCACCUAAAAAGAAGGUGGAGGGCCUUCGGGGGAAGUGGGAGACUUUUGACUAACCCCCCUUUCCUUACUUUCCACGUGUGGGCGUUGUCUUAUUCACCUCUUCCCUGCACCAGCUUAUGCUGCUGACCAAUGAGUAACAGAGUCUGUGUGUCAGGCGACCAAUCAAGAGGCUGGGUUCCAAGCUGUCCCCUCUCCCCCGUCUCCCCCUCUGCUAAAUGUCGGGGUUCACACCUCACUCUUUCUCUCUCUCCCUCUCUCUCCCCCUCCUCUUUCCGUCUCUCUCUGUCUCUAUGUUUCUCUGUCUCUGUUUCUCUCUCUCUCCAUCUCUCUUUAUGUCUCUGU